UCGGUAACAUCAAUAACGUUAACAUCUUUUUUCGAAGUGUAAAAUCGAAAAAUUCUAAUCCAUCAUUAGUGCACUACUACAAUGUGAACUAGUUGAACAAUUUUCAAUCAAUCCGUCAUCCAAAGCCACGCACGGGUUCACUCGAUGUCUCAAAUUGUUUGGAUAACUUUGUAAUCGACAAAUGCGCGACGAGUCGAAAUAUCUGAGUUAAAUCGAAGCCGCAAUCCGAUUCAACGGAUUGAACAAUUUUUUUUUCCAAAUGAUUUUAGGAAUCGGAAAAAAUAUAAUUUAUCCCCAAUGGAUCGCCGGUGCCGGAGUGAAUCUGCUGCUGAUUCACAUCGGAGUGAUGGGAGCCUGGACGUCUCCCACCCUGGCGAAACUGGCCGAGUCCGACUCGCCGAUUAAACUGAGCGUCGAGCAGGCCUCCUGGGUGGCGUCCUUCCUCAAUCUCACCCGAUGCUUCGGCGGCAUCAUCGGACCCGUCUGCGUCAACUAUCUCGGCAGCAAAAAAUCCAUCCUGAUCACGCUCUGCCCGAUUCUGCUGGGCUGGCUCCUGAUCACCCUCUCGGACUCGUUCGUCUGGCUGUACUUCUCGCGGCUGUUCAGCGGCCUGGGCCUCGGCAUGACCUUCAGCGUGUUUCCGCUCUACAUCGGCGAGGUCUCGAUACCCAGCAUCCGUGGCGCUCUCAUAUCACUGGCCACCCUGGGGGCGCCCGUCGGCCAGAUCCUCGCCACUCUCUGCGGCUCUCAGCUCAGCGUGAACGAGGCCGCCUACGUCUAUCUGUUUUUGGCCAUCGUCACGACGGCCCUGUUCUUCUGGCUUCCCGAAUCUCCUCAUCAUCUGGUGAAAAUGAAGAAGCACGACGCCGCACGGGAGUCCAUUCAGUGGUAUCGCGCCGGGCAGGGGGUCGACGACGAACUCGUCGCGGUGAUAAAGUUCGUCACGACGGACGGCGACAUGACUUUCAAGGAGAAAUUGCAGAGAUUCAAGACGUCGAAGCCGUUGCAAAGGGCAACGGCGCACAUAAUGGCGCUUUAUACUUUUGUCCUGAUCAGUGGCUCCAACGUCAUGAUGAUGUACAUGGAGCCGAUUCUACGAGACGCCAAUUUCAAUUUGACAGAUCCCUCGUUGUUCACGGUGUACAUCAACGUAAUAGCAACGGUAGCCGCGAUCGGCUCGAUAUUUCUCAUCGACAAAUGCGGUCGGAAAUUUUUGCUACUGGUCUCGAGCAUCGGUCUGUCGAUCUCGUUGAUCGGCGUCAUGACUUUUUUCAUCCUCGUCGACUUGAACGUGGACACGGUCCAAUGGCAGUGGCUGCCCGGCGUCUCGUUGCUCAUCUACAUGGUCUCGUUCUUCAUCGGUCUGCUGCCGGUGCCCAACGCCAUUCUCAGCGAAAUUUUCCCGGCCAACGUGAGGAGCGUGGCCUCGUGCAUAGCCGUGCUUACGGCCGCCUUCAUGUCCUUCGUGUCCAUUAAGUCUUAUCAGCCGAUGAUCGACGCCAUGGGACACAGCUACGUUUUUUUGAUUUACGCCAUUUGCACCGUAGCCAUUAUACCGUACUCGAUAUUUUUACUGCCCGAGACCAAAGGCAAGAGCUUGCAGCAGAUACAAGACGAGUUGAUGACUCAUUGAUUGUUAUUAUACUUUUAUGAUUAUAUUACAUGUACAGAA